AUGUCUGGAACCGCCAUACUCUGUGCUGGUGCUCUCUUGCAGGCCAGCUGCUCUGGACCAACCCCUUUUACAAUGAUGGUGGCCGGAAGGGCCAUUUGUGGGAUUGGGGUUGCCAUCGUUUCUACGUCAGUGCCGCUUUAUCAAAGCGAGAUCUCUCCAGCAAGGGAGCGUGGUAAAUUUGUAACCAUGAACCAUAUUGGCUUCAUAGUCGGCUUAGCGAUGGGUCUUUGGGUGGGAUACUUUAUGACUUUUUGGACAGGCGAGACGGGCGACUAUUAUGGCUGGAGGAUUUCUCUCCUUCUUCAGCUGAUCCCAGCACUUACGUUUGGAUUUGGCUUACCGUUCGUACCAGAGUCUCCUCGUUGGCUCGUCGAAAACGGCCAAGUGGCGGAGGCUGCAACCGUCCUGUGUUGGCUCCGUGAAGGGAGUUUUACCCAUAACGAAGUAGAUAAAGAGGUGAGUGAGAUGGUGGAGUCGGUCGAAGAACAUCGGCACUCGGGACUUAGCUGGAAGUCCUUGUUCAUUGAGCCACCACUAUUUGCGCGGAUGUGGCGGGCGGCGUUACUUCACUUUCUGGCCCAAAUGUGCGGCGCGGCAGCAAUGAAAUACUAUCUCCCUACCCUUCUCAAAGCCUUGGGUUUAAGCCGGCGGCUUGCACUCAUGGCAGGGGCCAUCGAAAUGACGUUAAAGGUCGGAUGCUCCGUGAUUGAGAUGCUUAUCAUCGAUCGCCUGGGACGAAGGCUUUCGUUAAUCAUCGGAUGUCUUGCCAUGGCUUUGGGCAUGCUGGUCAAUGGUGUACUGCCACUCAUGUACCCGGAAAACAAGAACCGGAUCGCGGACGCCAUUUGCAUCUUCUUCAUAUUUAUCUACGCAUUCGGAUAUAGCCUGGGCUUUGGGCCAGCCGCUUGGCUGUAUGGCUCUGAGACGACUGCAGAAAUUAAACAAAAGGAAGCUAACGGCAUUCACGCCUUCGGUAGCAACAUCUAUUUCUUCUUCUUGGUCGUGAAUAUCCUCUGUAUACCCCUUAUCUACUGCUUCUACCCCGAGACCAAAGGCCGAUCACUAGAAAAUAUGGACGAGUUAUUUGGAAAGCUUGAAGUCCGGCGGCUUGAAGAUAUUAGUUUCACCAGCAGCGAUGGAAGAUCAUCCGACGAGUCUGCUGGGACACCCACGGUGCCACGCUGGCCUGUGGAAGGUUAG